AAUCAUGACGAGAUCACCGGGACAGCCCAAAAUUGACCAAAAUACCCCCGAAGGGACAACCCACCCGUUCCCACGAUUCCCUCAGAUCCACCCCCGCUGGGAACCGAAUCCAAAGCGAUUCGAUUCCCCGCAUCGGCUGGUAAAAAUCCGUCGCUUCGCGCCCGCUGCUGCUUCGAUUGCUUCGCGUGAUCAGUUGCCUCGUGCUCCUCUCUCCCUGCCUGUUCUGGCCAGCGCGUCGCGGUUGACGGUCGGGGUGGUCGGGCGGGAGCGCGAUGGCUGCGCCGCCGGCGAGGGCUCGCGCCGACUAUGACUACCUCAUCAAGCUGCUGCUCAUCGGCGACAGCGGUGUUGGCAAGAGUUGCCUCCUACUGCGGUUCUCCGAUGGUUCCUUCACCACUAGUUUCAUUACUACAAUUGGCAUUGAUUUUAAGAUAAGAACGGUUGAACUGGACGGCAAGCGUGUUAAAUUGCAAAUUUGGGAUACAGCUGGUCAAGAGCGGUUUAGGACUAUCACUACAGCAUACUACCGAGGAGCCAUGGGUAUCUUGCUUGUUUACGAUGUCACUGAUGAGUCAUCUUUCAACAAUAUACGGAACUGGAUCCGCAACAUCGAACAACAUGCAUCUGAUAAUGUGAAUAAAGUAUUGGUAGGCAACAAGGCUGACAUGGAUGAGAGUAAAAGGGCUGUUCCUACUGCAAAGGGGCAAGCACUAGCCGAUGAAUAUGGCAUCAAGUUUUUCGAGACUAGUGCCAAGACUAACCUCAAUGUGGAGCAAGUUUUCUUCUCCAUUGCCCGAGACAUUAAGCAGAGACUUUCUGAAACUGAUUCCAAGCCUGAGGAUCGGUUAGUCAAUAUUAGAAAAGAUCAAGGUGCCGAGGCUUCGGAAUCUCAGAAAUCUGCUUGCUGUGGCUCAUGAGGAAUUCUUUGUCUUCAUUAUCCUAAACUAUUUUGGCUAUGUUUUCUUACCUUUUUACUUGAUAUUGUAGGAAAAAUGUUGAGAAGAUAGUCAUGAUGUGCUUAUUCUUUUACUUGAUUUCAGUCUGUGCAACAAUUGCUCGUCGUUUUAA